AUGGGUUAUGCAUCGAGCGGGGCUGGGCGAGCAGCGCAUGAAGCGCUGCUGGCGAGACAAGAUGCUGAGCUGCGACUAAUGGAAACCAUGAAAAGGAGUCUUCAGGCUAAGAUGAAGAGUGACCGGGAAUACGCUCUCGCUCUUUCUGCCGCUGCUGCCCAAGGUCAGAAGAUGGAUAAAUGCGAGGAUCUCAACGGCUCACUAAUUGCUUCGGCCUGGCGCACCAUGACCGAAGAAUGGGAAAAUACCAGUCGGUUGAUCAGAGCCAAUGCCGAGGCUCUUGAGUCCCGGGCUCUCGACCGUCUGAUUACUUUAAUGACAGAGCGGCGUAAGACCCGCAAAGUCUACCAAGAAGACCAUACUAAAAUCUCGUCUCAGUUUACUCAGUUAACCGAAGAAGUGCAGAGGAAGCAAAGUGAAUACCAGAAGUGCCUCGAAUCCUACAAGCAAAUGAGGGCAAAGUUCGAGGAGAACUAUCUUAAAUGUAAGUGUCCAACAAGCCGGGGCGGGCGGAAGCUGGACGAGACCCGUGACAAAUACAGCAAGGCUUGCAGAAGGUUGCAUCGGGCGCACAAUGAGUACGUGCUUCUGUUGGCGGAGGCAACGGAGUGCGAGAGGGCACUAAGAACCGCCGCUCUUCCCUCUUUAUUGGAUCAGCAGAAACGGCAGGGUGAAGCUACCGCUGCUUCGUGGAAGGCGAUAUUACUGGAGGUGGUGCGAAGGUCGGACUUUAGCACGGACAAAUUUAGAGAGAUACAGGGCAGAGUAGAGUGCACCAUUCAGAACCUGAAACCUCAAGAUGAAUACAAAGAGUUCAUGGAGAAAUACAAAUCCCCUCCAUCAACGCCCAUAACGUUUACAUUCGACGAGAGCUUAGUGGAAGACACGAGUGGUAAAUUACAACCUAACCAGCUAACGGUGGAUAACCUCACGGUGGAAUGGCUGAAGGAAAAGCUGACGGAGUUGGAAUCGACGCUGCAAGAUAACAGGGAAAAGCAGACCGCGUUGCACGGACCAGAAAUUAUAGGCAACGGAGUCUGCAAGAAUAACAACACUAGCGUUACCAAUGGCGUAAAUGGUGUUGAUAGGCACUCGCCGCCGCCUAUCCCGGUGACGGCAUCGGAGCCGACGAAGCUGCUGGAGCUGCGCGUGGCGGAGCGCAAGUGCGCGCGGCAGGCGGAGCUGAUCCGCGCCGCGCUCGCCGAGCUCGGCUGCGAGGAGGCGCCCAGCGGCUGCCCCGACCUCUCCGCCGAGACCGUCGGCGGCGACAGCCUGGACGGCAGCUCGCCCGACCAUCAGGUGAGUGUGAGCGAGGCGGAGCGGUCGCUGGUGGAGCAGGAGUGGUUCCACGGCGUGCUGCCGCGCGAGGAGGUGGUGCGGCUGCUGCGCGCGGACGGCGACUACCUGGUGCGCGAGACCACGCGCAACCACGCGCGCCAGCUCGUGCUCUCCGUCUGCUGGGGCCAGCACAAGCACUUCAUCGUGCGGACCACGCCUGAGGGCCACUACCGUUUCGAGGGCGCUGCUUUCCCGUCUGUAGCAGAGCUGAUAGCGUGGCAGCGCGCCAGCGGAGUGCCGGUGACGGCGCGCUCCGGGGCGCUGCUGCGGCGAGCCGUGCCGCGCGAGACCUGGGAGCUUAACAACGAUAACGUGCAGCUGCUCGACAAGAUCGGACGGGGUAACUUCGGCGACGUUUACAAGGCCCGAUUGAAGACAACUGGACAAGAGGUAGCAGUGAAGACGUGCCGAGUUGCGUUGCCCGAGGAGCAGAAGCGCACGUUUCUACAAGAGGGCCGCAUACUAAAGCAGUACCAACAUCCGAAUAUCGUGCGACUGAUUGGCAUCGCCGUGCAGAAGCAACCUAUUAUGAUCGUCAUGGAACUUGUUCCAGGCGGGUCGCUGCUGACGUUCCUGCGCACGCGCGCGGGCGCGCUGGGCCCGCGGCCACUGCUGGCCAUGUGCCGCGACGCGGCGGCCGGCAUGCGCUACCUGGAGUCCAAGAACUGCAUCCACCGCGACCUGGCCGCGCGCAACUGCCUCGUUGCCGACGACCACACCGUCAAGAUCUCCGACUUCGGCAUGUCGCGCGAGGAGGAGGAGUACAUCGUCUCCGGCGGCAUGAAGCAGAUACCCAUCAAGUGGACCGCGCCUGAGGCGCUCAACUUCGGCAAAUACACAUCCCUUUGCGAUGUCUGGAGUUACGGCGUGCUGAUGUGGGAGAUAUUCUCUAAAGGCGACACUCCGUACGCGGGAAUGAGCAAUUCUCGCGCGAGAGAGAAGAUUGAUACCGGUUAUCGUAUGCCGGCGCCAGAAGGCUGUUCCGAGGAAGUGUACGCUUUGAUGCUACGUUGUUGGGAGUACGAAGCCGAGAAACGGCCUCAUUUCCACCAAAUAUACACAAUCAUCGACAACAUAUACAAUAGGUAA